CAUUUUCGUGUGAAAUUCAUUUUUAUGGAUUAGAAUUACUCGGAUGAGCGUUUGAUAGAUAUGAAGAGGUUCAAGGGCAAUUCAUCUCCAUCAAAUACCAACGAUUCCUUAAAUGACACUGUUUCUCGAGUUGCAGAGAAGAAAUCUGGCUCCAACAUAAUGAAGUCGGUAGGAAUCGCGGUCGUUUGCUUGCUGAUUUUGCCCGUUUUGCUUACAGUUUCCUCCUUUUAUCGGGAACCAUCGUCGGGUGGACACAGCGGAUUUGCAGAAGCAAGGUCUUUCCCAAUGAAAGAUGAAGAAGUUCAGCAACCUGCAUUGGAUGGAGCCCGAGAAUCUGCGGAAGUAAGGGAUUUCAAAACGGAGACUGAAAAAGUCACAGGUUCAGAGGAGGUUUCAUCUCAUUCAGUUGACUCACCUGAAGACAGACAUCUUGGUGGCCUUCUGGCUGUUGGGUUGGAAGAAGCAUCUUGUCUUAGUAGGUACCAGUCCUCCUUGUAUCGCAAGGCACUACCACACAAGCCUUCCUCCUAUCUUCUGUCCAGGUUGCGGAAAUAUGAAGCUCUCCAUAAACGUUGUGGACCCUAUACUGCACCCUAUGACAAAACAUUGCAACAGCUCAAGUCUGGGCACAACAGUGAACCUGCAGAAUGUAACUACGUGGUGUGGAUUUCAUUUAGUGGCUUGGGGAACAGGAUACUAUCCCUGGCUUCAGCAUUCUUAUAUGCUCUUCUCACCGACAGAGUCCUACUUGUUGACCGUGGGACUGACAUGGCCGAUCUCUUUUGUGAACCAUUUCCGGACACAUCCUGGCUACUCCCUGUUGACUUCCCCAUUAAUCUGUUCGACAGCUUUGGUCAGAAUUCGUCCCACUGCUAUGGGAAUAUGGUGAAAAAUAAUGUUAUAAACAACUCAACGGCAUCCUUGCCACCCUUUCUGUAUCUCCAUCUAGUUCAUGAUUAUGGCGAUCAUGAUAAGCUUUUCUUUUGUGAUCAAGAUCAAACCCUUCUCCACAAGGUCCCAUGGUUGUUCAUGAAAACUGAUAACUACUUUGUUCCAUCUCUCUUCUUGGUCCCAUCUUUUGAGCAAGAACUGCAUAAUCUCUUCCCUGAAAAGGAAACUGUUUUCCACCAUUUGGGUCGAUUUCUUUUCCACCCCUCAAAUCCAGUAUGGGGCUUGAUUACAAGGUACUAUCAUGCUUACUUAGAAAAGGCUGAUGAGAGGAUAGGCAUCCAGAUCAGGGUCUUUGAUAUUGGUACAGGCCCAUUCCAACAUGUUCUGGAUCAGAUCAUAGCCUGUUCCCUGAAGGAAAAAGUUCUGCCAGAAGUAAAUGCCAGGGAAUCCAUAAUCCGGCCAUCUGGAAACCAGAGGUCGAAAUCUGUCCUCGUAACAUCUCUUAGUGCUGGAUACUUUGAGAAGAUAAGGAAUAUGUUUUGGGAAUACCCAAGUGUGACUGGGGAGGUGAUUGCAGUUUACCAGCCAAGCAGUGAACAAUACCAGCAGACCGAGAAGAAGAUGCACAACCGAAAGGCAUGGGCAGAAAUGUAUCUCCUAAGUUUGACUGAUGUCUUGGUCACAAGCUCAUGGUCAACCUUCGGAUAUGUGGCUCAGGGUCUAGGAGGACUGAAACCAUGGAUUCUCUACAAGCCUGAGAAUAAAACAGCCCCUGAUCCUCCAUGUCGACGAGCCAUGUCAAUGGAGCCUUGUUUCCAUGCACCUCCCUUUUAUGACUGCAAGGCAAAGACGGGGGUAGAUACAGGUGCCCUUGUCCCUCAUGUAAGGCACUGUGAGGACAUGAGUUGGGGUCUUAAGCUAGUAGAUCAUGAUGGGUUAUAGCUGCUUGUAUCUCUAUCAUUAUUAUCCCACUGGAUUUUUUGGUUAUACAUAGAAAUCUGAGAUAGAUUUUGUU